AUGUUGCUUCCCGAAGCGCCGACAGUUAUUACCCUCACCUUCCCUUACCGCUCGCUCUCCCCUCUCCUCUCUCCCCACUCUCAUCGACGGCGGCGGCGGCGUGCAGCAGAUCGAAGAACAGCAAGUCGACCUCCGGCCACCUUCACCGGCAUCCGCAACAGCACUUUGGCAAUAGCGAUCGACACGGAUAACAAAGGAAAGGAGGUGGUGCCAUCGAAGGAGCAGGACAAGGGCAAGGACGAGGUGCCGCCCUCAGAGGUGACGCCCGUGCAGGUGACGCCCGUCCAGAGCCCGGGCAUGGAUGACGACGUGCCGGAGGUGCCCACCACUGGCAAGCACCGGAACUAUGGCCACUACCAUGAGGUGGGAGGGUCAACCACCUUCUGCAUGGUGAUCCUGGCCCCCCAGCUCGAGGCCAUACCUAUGCCAUUGGAUUUCACGAGGCACUUCCCGUCCGUGCCGCAGGAGUUCAAAUUGAAGACGAACAUCGGUUGCUUCUAGAGGGUCACUGUCCGGCUGUUGAAUGGCAGGGUCACCCUCGAUCAGGGUUGGGCCACCUUCGCUGCCAUCCAUCAGAUCAAGAUAGGCUUCAUGGUGACCUUCAAGCUGCUGACUCCCGACAUGCUGAAGGUCUCGUCUUCAAUGACGAAGGCAUUCAAGUGGCGACAAGGUGGGAGACACGAUGACGCCUUCGCCGUGAAUGCGUAGGUCAGCCCCUCGUAUGCUCUAGUUGCUUUAGUUUAAUAUCGAACUGCUUUGCGUUUGAACUUGCCCGUUUAUGUGUGGCACAAUAUUUAUAA